AUGGAAGUGACUGACGGCGACGAGCGUCUUGCGAUGGACGAUGACGAUUGCAUGGGCAUUUUGUGGUCGCUGCAUCAGCGGCGGAUCGAAUUUAAUCAGCUUGAGGAAAGCAUUCAAGCCACCGAAGAGGCAGCGGACGAACUCGAGGAGCAGCUUGUGGCGACGAACUUCACUGUCGCCGCUCUUUUGGCUCAACGGUUCACGAGGAUCCUUCGCGAGAGGGCAAUGUACGUUCGGUCGGGGAGGUGGUUUGAGGAGACGCUGCCUAGGCUGGGCGAACAACACUUUCGUGCCUGCUUUCGUGUGUCCUCAACCACCUUCCGGUACCUCGUGGACGUCUGCCGCUCGUCGAUGCAACGGCAAGACACAGCCAUGAAAACUGCGAUCACAGUGGAAAAAAGAGUAGCCAUAAGCCUGUACAGGCUCUGCUCCACGGCGGAGGAACGGACAAUCGGCCACCUUUUCGCUGUGGGACAAUCGGUGGUAAACGAGAGCUACCGCGAGUUCUGCGACGUUGUAAUUCAGGAACUGGAGGCCCGAACGGUUUCGAUGGUUAGGAACGAGGACCUCGAGCACCACAUGCGCGAAUUCCAGGCAGUCCUGGGAUUCCCCAACGCCAUCGGUGCUCUUGACGGCUGCCACCUGCCCGUGUCGCCGCCGAAAGACUCGGCUGUCGACUACCGCAUUUACAAAGGCUGGUACAGCGUCAUCCUGUUGGCAUUGGUGGACCACAGGUACCUUUUUCGGUACAUCAGCGUGGGCUCCCCUGGCAAGUGCCACGAUGCCAAUGUGUAUGGGCGAUCCCCGUUGGGGCGUCUGCUCGAGGACUACCAGGUGGCUGUGCCAAGAACCAUUGGUGGCACAGAAAUACCACCUAUCGUCCUGUGUGAUCAGGCAUUCCCCCUCACCAGGAACCUGAUGAAGCCCUUCCCCCACAGUUUAAAUCACCCUCAGGACGAAGGCGACUUCAACUACGCCCUCUCCAAGGCCAGGCGUGUUGUGGAGAAUGCGUUUGGGCGUUUGAAAGCUCGCUUCAGAAUCGUCCUCAAGCAAAUGGAGGUUCGCAUCGACAAUGUCAACGCCGUCGUCCGAGCGUGCUGCAUACUGCACAACGUCUGCGAGACGCUCAACGACAGUGCGGACAAGCAGUGGAUCCAGGACGCCCGGAAAGUGGAGGAGGAUGACAAGCUGGAGCAGCCGAGCCGCAAAACCAAGGCCAAAACGGACAGUGGCACUGCGGUGCGCACUGCACUUGUUGCCUAUUUUGGUGCUAACCCACCCCCCAAGCGCAACCAAGCUUCAGCAGAGGCACUGUAAUUUGUUCAGCGUUGACCUUUCCCUGGCAGGCAAACUGUGCUUGCAUUUAGGAUGUUUCACCUCAGUCGAACUUUGCAUAGAAAGUUCAAGAAAGCUGAACCUUGUCAGGUUCACGACAUCCCUACAAACAAGUGUCCUAAUUCUCCACAGGUGUAGUAAUAAGCAAGGAACCAAUCUUUUUUUUCUACCAUGAUUGCCGAUAUUGAUGUGUCUCUUUGAAAGAAAGGUAUUUUA